UGUGUACUAACUUUGUCCGUGGGGCGUUCGACUAAUUCCAACAUUUCCGACGGCACUCAAACGUAUCACGACUGCUCCCGUUCAUGACGGCAGAGGACGUGAACGCCUCAGCUAGCAUUGUGCUCUGAACUGAACCACAGCUAGCUACGUUACAUAACGUACACGUAGUGACUAAGAGACAGCAUCUUUAAGGAUUGCCAAAUGGAUUCUCCUCGGCAAUCCAAGAAGGCCAACCUGAAUCGAGAGCCAAAGCGCAGCCAGAACCAGUCAAGCACUCCUCCUCAGAAAGACGCCUAUGCCAGGCUCCUCAGCCAGCACAGCAGCAGCAAGUUCAGUCAGUAUCUAGAACAGUAUGCAAAGGAUACCUUUUUCCAAAGGGAAGGACAAGCGCCAAGCACCCUGCCUAAAGCCCAGAGCGACAGGCUGAACAUACCGCAGCGUAAAAGGGACCAAAUGCCCAAUGAUUUCUCUGAUUCGAGUGACUUCUCCCCCUCUUCUAUGAAAAGCAAAGGAGAAGAGAGUUCACUGGCUUUGUACAUGGAGAAGUUAAACACCCGCAGUCCCCAGCAGGACUGUGAAAGGAAGCAGGGUGUGUCUGACAGGCAGCGACGGGGACAGAGAAGGGACACCGCCACCAGCCAGGAUGGAGACAUCGAGUCGGGCGAAGAACUCGGCUCUUUAAAACCCAACGAUUCAAAGAAACAUCAGAAGCAGCAGAAAAAGAACAAGGACUCGAAAGAGACCGACUCAUUCGUCGGACGUCCCCAGUCCCCAAAUAAAGCCAGUGCAAGUGGACAGGAGCAAGAGAAGAUGAAGUCGAAGAAAAAAAACCCGCCAAAGCACCAAGAAGAGGAGAAGAGCAGAGAAGCAGCAUUCAAAAAAGCGCAGCAGCCCCGAGCUUCAAAUGCCAAUUCUCCUGCUGACAAGAGUAAGAACAAAGGAGGCAGAGGGUCAAAGAAACAAGUGUUUGAGUCCUACAUGACAUUUGAGGAGGUUUCCCAUGGUCUUAAAAGAGGAGAACUCAUUCAGGGACAGUUAAGGAUCAACCCAAAGAAAUACCACGAAGCUUUCAUCCCAUCUCCUGAUGACACACGAGAUAUAUUUCUGGAUGGGAUUGUAGCUCGCAACAGAGCGCUCAAUGGAGACAUAGUGGUGGUGGAAAUCCUCCCUCGGGAGCAGUGGAAGGUUGUGAAGUCAGAUACUGACUGUGAGGGCGCCAGUGAGUCAGAAAACACUGUGCAAACCGUACUGAAGAAGACAGCACACACCCCCAGGCCUGAUGUUAAUGUAGAAGACCAGUCUAGCGACCAGGAUGAAGUCAUCAGUAAGAGCACCCUCGCUGACACAGGGGAACCCCUGGAGGACCCUUCAACCCCAAGACCCAACGGGGAAAUACUUCAAAAGACUGCUAAAGUGGUGUACAUUGUUGAGAAGAAACAUUCGAGAGCUGUGACAGGCUUCCUGAAAUUCCUACCUGAUAAGCCUUUUGCCAUGUUCUCCCCUGUGGACCACCGAGUGCCGCGGAUUAACGUUUUCCUUGCCAACUGUCCCGAAGACUUUAGUUCCCGCCCGGGCGACUACACCAACACCUUGUUCAUAUGUCGGAUCACCAACUGGGCGGCCGAUAGCAACUUUGCAGAAGGGCAACUCGCUAAGACUUUGGGUCAGGCUGGAGAAAUCGAGCCGGAGACGGAAGGCAUCCUGAUAGAGUACGAUAUUGAUUUUUCUGAGUUCUCUGAUGAGGUUUUGAACUGCCUACCCAAGGAUCUGCCCUGGAGCAUCCCACCUGAGGAGAUGAGAAAGAGAAAAGACCUGAGGAAGGACUGUAUCUUCACAAUUGACCCUGCUACUGCCAGAGACCUCGACGACGCUCUGUCCUGUAAACCACUCCCUGAUGGUAACUUUGAGCUGGGAGUCCACAUUGCUGAUGUGACUUAUUUUGUGGAGGAAGGCAACGCUCUGGAUGCCAUAGCCAGCCAAAGAGCAACUAGCGUGUACAUGGUUCAAAAGGUGAUCCCCAUGUUGCCUCGGCUGCUGUGUGAGGAGCUGUGCAGUCUGAAUCCUCUCACCGACAGACUUACCUUUUCUGUCAUUUGGAAAAUCACACCAGAGGGAAAGAUCCUGAGUGAGUGGUUUGGCCGUUCAGUCAUUCGCUCCUGUGUGAAGUUGAGUUACGACCAUGCUCAGAGCAUGAUCGAUGCCCCCGAAAAGAUGUUCUCUGCUGACGAGCUGCCACCCGUGGACCCCGAGCACCCUAUCGAUGAGAUCCAUCAGGCUGUGCUCAACCUGCACUCCAUUGCCAAGAACCUCCGGAGUCAACGCUUCUCAGGAGGAGCCCUCAGACUGGACCAGUCGAAGCUAUCUUUCACCCUGGACAAAGAGACCAUGAUGCCUCAGGGCUGCUAUAUUUACCAGUACAGAGACAGUAACAAGUUGGUGGAGGAGUUCAUGUUACUGGCUAACAUUGCCACAGCCCACCACAUCAAACGCAAAUUCCCUGAGCUGGCUCUGCUCAGGCGCCACCCUCCACCCAAGGCCAAACUGGUGGAUGAACUUCAGGAGCUCUGUGACCAGCUGGGAAUCAGCAUCGAUCUGUCCUCUGCAGGAGCGUUGCAUAAGACUCUCAACACUACUCUUGGUGAUGAUGAGUUUACCGCUGCCAGAAAAGAAGUCCUCACCCACAUGUGCUCCAGACCAAUGCAGAUGGCACUGUACUUCUGUUCAGGUGUACUUAAGGAGGAGAAAUUUUUUAAGCACUACGCCCUCAACGUUCCUCUGUACACUCACUUUACAUCGCCCAUCAGACGCUACGCUGAUAUCAUCGUCCACCGGCUGCUGGCUUCUUCACUGAAUUGCGGCCCUCAUUUGGGCCUGUCAAUGAACGAUGUCCAAAAGCAAGCAUCCCACUGUAAUGACAAGAAGACUGUGUCCAAGAGAGUCCAGGAGCUCAGCUCUGAGCUCUUCUUUGGAGUGUUUGUAAAGGAAUGUGGCCCUCUGGACUCUGAGGCCAUGGUGAUGGGGGUGCUGGAUCAGUCCUUCGAUGUGCUGGUUCUCAGAUAUGGAGUGCAGAAACGCAUCUACUGCAAGUCUGUUGUGGGCUUGGACAACUUCCACCAUCGUAAGGUGGGGAAGCAAUCAAUGCUGACUUUGGUGUGGACACCAGAGGACCCAGAGAAACCUCCAGUAGAGCAGGUAAUCUCAAUCUUCACGUUAGUGGAGGUGCAGCUCAAAGCAGACGGUGCACCCAUGAAAUACAGUGCCGUUCUCAAGAGGCCCGAAGAGGAAGAACCAUAAAUGUUUAAAUGCGCUGUAGAGCGCACAAACACGGAAACUGAAUUGCACAUUUUCUUUAGAGGACUGGUAGAAAAAAAAAUGAAGCAGUAUUACUGUGGUAGGCAGGGAGGUCACAGAUCAGGUCAGGGUCAGAGUUCAACUGAAAUUCUCAGCAAGUUUCUAAGUCCUAAGGUUUUGUUGUUUUUAUUUUCACCUCUCUGUUCCAGAGGCCUCUGUUUAUAAUCAUUUAACAUCCCAGGUAUAAAAGGCAAGUUGACUUUCAUUCUUCAGAAGAACAGCCAUCUUGAAAGUGGAACAAAAAUGAAUAAUCUACCAUGGUAUGAUUUGGAAAAUGGUUAGCUAUAUGAUUUGUAUGAUUAAUAGUGAGUGAGUGAAAACAUGUCAAACAUGUACUCGGAUACUAUAUAAGCCACUGAACUUACUCAUUCGUAGACGUUAGCAUUUUUAUGCAAGUGAUCCCUUCUAAUCCCGCCCCUUUAUUCUCUGCUCCAAUAACAGUGGAUCAAGCCUUAGUCCAGUUUCUCUUUUCCUGCACUUCGAUAUAUGUUCUAGACUCUAACUAGCUAACUAAUCUACAUCAGAGAUGGUUUAGAAGAGCACACUGAAGUCUCACUUCCUAUAUCUGUCACAUGGGCUUAGCCACUGCUGCACACCUUUAGGUGACAACAGGCAGGUCCAGAGUCUGUUCACUUCAUCAAAGUGACUUUUUGCUUCAUAGUCACUGAAAAAAACAAACACUGGACUCAUUUUUCACAAGCCACAUAUCUUGAAUAUUCUGACAAUAAAUAGACACUAAAACAGCGUUUUCUGUUAAUAGCAAGCUACUGACAUCUGAUACUCACUAACUUAACUAACUUCUGUGGCUAUCUUUUAGCCCUUCAAAAUCUCGUUAUAUUUUAAACAUAAACGAGCCUAGCGCACAGUAUGUCUUGAGAACAGGAAAAGAGAGAGAUGACUGAGGGAGUUUGCUCAGCUGUUGUUGGAUCACAGAGCUAAAUGGAGAGAUCAGUUUGGUAUGGAUUUCAAACUGAAUCGUGACCCAGGUCUGACUGAACCAAUGCUGCAGUUUUAAUUUGCUGUUGGGUUAUUGUUUUUUUAGUUGUUGGCUUUUUAUGAAGACCGCUUUGAUGUAACAUAACUGUCUGUUGUACAACGGGUGCGAGCUGAAUUUCAUGUCAAUGGCUGGUUUUCCUGAUUCUGAUUUGAGGAGAGACUCAUAUUUGUCUUUGCAGAGCAAUAGAGUGUACCACACUACUGAUUAACAUCUUUCACUGGCUACGGUGGCCAUAAUAUAACUUGUUGUGGUCAGAGUGAGGCUGACCGGGUAAAAUGUAGCAGGAAAAGUAAAAUAGGAAAACAAAAAGCAAACAAAAUAAUAGCUACUACAUGUCACUUUUUUAUUGUGUAUGUAUUUAUAGUAUUUUAUGCAGGAAGAGUUUUCAUAUUUUUCUUGGUUGUGAAUGAAGGACCUCUUCACGGUCUUCAUAUCACAGCCAUGACAUACAGCUCAUAGGACUUACUGGUUAUUAGUAUAAUUAUUAUUAUCAUUAUAGGACAUUUGAUUUAAAUUCUCAGAGAUCUAAUACAUUGUCUAAACUGAGGUUUCAUUUUCUUAAGUGUGCCUGUCAUAAUUUAAUGGAAUAAUUUAUCAACUCAUUGUUAUUGUUUUUAAUACAAAACAUGGGAAUGACUUGAAUGUAAAUUGCUGCUGAAAAUGGUUGGUGGCCUUGAGAUCUUAAUGUUUUUUAUGUUGACUCAUGCUUUAGAGUGCUUCCAACUGAUGUUUGUGUUGUUUUUUUGUUUUUUUUUUAAUGCUCAGACUUGAUUUGUGCAGCACAAAUACUUGAUGGACCUCAAUAAUAUCAACUGUGAAUUUCAGCCUUAAUUUAGUAAAGUGAAAAUACACCUGUAUUUCAAGACAGCUGCACAUUUUUAAAUGAUUUAGGGCCUCUGUUUUUGCUUUGACUGGGAAUGUGCCUUUCUCAAGUUGUCGCUCAUUCAGAUUUUAGUUGAACAGUGCCAUGUAAUGUCAUAAAAAUUAGCUGCUGUAUCUAUUUCAUCCUUUUUGGUUUUCUUGGUUUUCUUUCUUUUCAUAACACAUCUCUUUUGUCAGAAGGAUUAUUUUUAGGCUCGUGUCCAGAUUUCUGAAAGACCACUAAGUAAUGUUUUAAAAUGAUUUUGUUUCACGUGGACUGACAGUUUGUGACUUGAGCUUUAAAUGUAUUUUUAAACCUGUAAGUUAAGUGCCAGUGUCAAGCAAGUCAGCUGUGUUUAUGUGAUAGGGUUAAAAGUUAUUUGUCACAUUUAAAAACGAUUAGGACAAAACAACAAAAAUUCAAGUAUAACUUCAGUGUGUCUUUUGCAAAGUUAUAUUGUAACAUGUAACUUUGACUUUGGUCAGUAUUCAUACUCUGCUAAAACACCAUACAGAGCAAUAGAUAGAUGUCUUUGUCUAAAGCUAAAUAAACACAUACAUGGGACAAAAAGUGACUCAAA